AUAUCUUGUUAAAUUGAUUUUAUUUCUUUCAAAAUGUUUAUUUAUUUCAUUUCAAAAUGUUUUCUAAAUGUGUAUAUAAAUUUAUUUUAAUACUCGGUUUGAGCUAUUUGACCACGUUUGCCCAGCCGAGUAAUGAGUCCACUGUCGCUACUGAGUCUAGCCUUGACUUCUCAUCGACUUUUAAGUGUUUGGACUGUAGGGAGGAAAACAAAGGGUUGUGUCGUGUUGAAGACACCGGUUAUAGUUGUUAUACAGGACCACAUUUUAGGAACCGUACAAACAUUAAGUAUUCCUUUCCUAAAACAUCCACCAAUUUAGACGUUUGCAUUCCAACCGACAUUAACAUCGACAGUGUGGAUGCGAAAAUAUGCUGUGUUUGGUCCCCUAAUAGCGGCUGCCAAAUCUUAGUAACUAAAGACCACGAAGGAGAGUUUUGUUUCACUUGCAGAAUGAAACAUAAGAUGGAAUACGAAGGCUUAAAGUCCUGUCCGUGCAAAGCAAAUUCCGGAUCAGGACAAGUCUAUGGCAAAACGUUGCUCAUCAUGAUUCUAACACAUUUGUUUAGCAAAUUAAUUCACAGUUUAUCGGAAAGUACCAUAAUUAUAGGCUCUUGGGGAUUGAGAACUUCAAUUAAAAUAACUUAAAAAAAUUA